AUGAGCUAUUACGGCAACUAUUAUGGUGGUUUGGGUUAUGGCUUCGGAGGCCUGGGCUAUGGCUACGGAGGUCUAGGCUAUGGAUGUGGAUGUGGCUAUGGCUAUGGCUCUGGCUUUGGUGGCUCUAGAUACUGUUGCUAUCGCCCAUGCUGCUAUGGAAGAUUUUGGUCCUCUGGCUUCUACUGA